UCCUGCCCAGGGGAAGAAGAGGGGGCAGAAGGACGAGACUCGGCGAGCGCUCCGGUCGGGAGUGAGGGGCCGCCGGGGGUGGGCGCGGGCGGAGGACUCGGGAGCCGGCAGGAGAGGCUGGAGGGACCGCGGCCGCGGGGGGACCGUGCCUGGGCUGCUCCCCAGGCCUGGGUCGGCAGAGCCCGCAGUGCCAUGGCGCUGGCGACCCCUGGAGCCCUGGCCGCGUCCUCCCCGGAGCCCUGCACGGGGGGCGGCUGCGACUUCGACAGCUACUACGGGGCUGACAACCAGUCGGAGUGCGAGUACGCGGAGUGGAGGUCUUCCGGGGAGCUGCUCCCUGCCAUCUACAUGCUGGUCUUUUUCCUGGGCACCGCGGGCAACGGCCUGGUGCUGUGGACGGUGUUCCGGAGCGGCCGUGAGAAGCGGCGCUCGGCCGACGUGUUCAUCGCCAGCCUGGCGGUGGCCGACCUCGCCUUCGUGGUGACGCUGCCCCUGUGGGCCACCUACACCUACCGGGACUACGACUGGCCCUUCGGCGCCUUCUCCUGCCGGCUCAGCAGCUACCUGGUCUUCGUCAACAUGUAUGCCAGCGUCUUCUGCCUCACCGGCCUGAGCUUCGACCGCUACCUGGCCAUCGUGAGGCCGGUGGCCAGCGCCCGGCUGCGGCUUCGGGUCAGCGGGGCGGUGGCCAGCGCGGUGCUCUGGGUGCUGGCAGCGCUGCUGGCUGUGCCGGUCAUGGUGCUGCGCACGACGGGGAGCCCGGACAACGGCACCAGCCUGCAGUGCUACAUGAACUACUCCGUGGUGGCCAGCUCGGCCGACUCCGAGUGGGCGUGGGAGGUGGGGCUGGGCGUGUCGUCCACGGCCAUGGGCUUCGUGCUCCCCUUCUCCGUCAUGCUCACCUGCUACUUCUUCAUAGCCAAGACCAUCGCCGGCCACUUCCGCAAGGAGCGCGUGGAGGGCCUGCACAAGCGGCGGCGGCUGCUCAGCAUCAUCGUGGUGCUGGUGGUGACCUUCGCGCUCUGCUGGCUGCCCUACCACCUGGUCAAGACGCUCUAUGUGCUGGGCAGUCUGCUGCACUGGCCCUGCGACUUCGACAUCUUCCUCAUCAACAUCUUCCCCUACUGCACCUGCGUCAGCUACGUCAACAGCUGCCUCAACCCUUUCCUCUACGCCUUCUUCGACCCGCGCUUCCGCCAGGCCUGCGCCUCGGUGCUCUGCUGGGGCCAGGCCCCCUGCGGGGUCCCCUUCCACAGCAGCGGCAGCGGGGACAAGUCCGCCAGCUACUCCUCGGGGCAUAGCCAGGGCCCGGGGGCCGUCGGGGGCAAGGGCGGGGGGCAGAUGCAGGAGAAGUCCGUCCCCUACAGCCAGGAGACCCUCGUGGUGGACUAGCGCUGGGGACACAGGCAGCUGCUGCACCGCCUCCCUCCCAGCUCCCUCCUCCACGCCCACCUUCGCCCUUCCUGCAGGCGGUGUGCAAAAUCUCCACAGGCCUCUUAAGCCCCGAGCCUCAGUUUCCCCAUCUGCAUAAGUAGGGGAGAGUCAGGCCACCCUCCAGGGCUGCGUGGGUCCUGACUCCGCAGUCGGGGCCGCUUUCCUGCCCCUUAGCUCUCUGCCUUCCUUUCUGUCCCUUCCCUUCCUCCUCAGUCCUCACCUUCUAGCUUGGGCCCUUCUCUCCUCGACCCCUCCCCAGGUCCCCUGUUAUUCUGGGGUGGGGGUGGGGGGAGCCCUGAGAGCUGAGAAGGAGCCCACAGCCCUGGUGGCAGCAGCUGCAGGGCGCCCCAGGCGGGCUCUGUGUCACCACAGGCUCUGGGGCCCAGGGGAUCCAGAAGAGCGCUUCCUGGAGGUGGGUCGCAGUGCCCAGAGGCAUUUUCUGCUCGGUCCCCAAGCCCACCCUUGCUCCUCUGCCGCUGAGAGGGAGCCCGGGUGCCGGGGAAGCUGCAGACAGAUGGAGGGACGUCCUGGCUCCCUGAGGGGGGCGGUGAGCCGGGAAAGGGGACUGGUGGGGGUCUCUCUCCCCCAGCCCCGUCCCCUACCCCUGGACCGCAAGGCCCUCCCGCCGUCCUGGAGCUGGGGUGUGCCUGGGGGAGGGGCAGGUACCUGGCUGCCCUCAGUCCCGUGAGUGUGUGCGGAUCCACAUGGCCUCUGAGUGCGUGGUGGGAGAUGGCCACGCGCGGGGGCCUGGAUGACCCCCCAGGGCCCCCCAGAGAAGGGGGCAGAGGGCACCGCGAGCGCCCCACUGCAUGGGGCUGACGGCUGGUCCGUGUCCGUGUCUGUGUCCCGUCUGUGCCGGGCUGCAGUGGGGAGGCCUGGGCUGGGGUCCUAGCAGCUGCUCCUCAGCCCUGCAUCCCUCGGGCCCUGCAGCCCCUUCCCCCCAGGCACCUCUCACCCCCUCCUGUUCCUGGGUGGGUCUCUGCAGCUGCUCGCCCAGCACGGAGGUGCAGGCUGGUUAGAGGCCAGCCCUCCUCGGCGCUCUCUCGGCUUGGGAGGGCCCCUGGCUGACGUCCCCACCCAGGGACCUCUCUAGGACAGGGCUGAGCAGGGCCUCUGUGGGGCCGGAGGGUGAGGGUGUGCAGCCUGGGCUUGUCCUUGGGGGCUAUGGAAAGGGGGAUAAGACAGGAGGACCCCGGCUUGCUGUGCAAGGACACUUUGGCCUCUGGGAUGGACCCCUUUCUGCAGCAGAGGCAGGAGGGUCUCCUCAGUUUGGUCUCCUGUCUCGGGCCAGAACUUUCCCCAGAGCCCACAGUGCUGGGGUCCCCUGGAGCCUCCAGGCGGCCACAGAUGGCAGAGGAGGUGCUGUCUCUCCUGCACCCCUUCUCCACAUGUCCCCGCUAGCCCCAGCCCUGUUAGGCUCUGGCUGCUCCAAUAAAGGCGUGUUGUGUAA